AUGUCUGAUAUUGUGAAUCUUAAGAAGCAGUUGAGUUCGACUUUUGAGAUGAAGGAUUUGGGAGCUGCCAGAAGAAUAUUGGGAAUGGAAAUUAUUCGGGACAGAGUUAAUGGCACAUUACAACUUUCUCAGUCAAACUACUUGAAGAAAGUGAUAGAGAAUUUUAGAAUGACGGAUUCUAAGAGUUCUCAAACUCCCAUUGGUGCACAUUUCAAGUUGUCAUUGGUUACAGAAGAUGAAGAAUGCAUUGAUACUGAGGUAACUCCUUAUUCUUCUGCAGUUGGAAGCAUAAUGUAUGCUAUGAUAGGUUCUAGACCGGACUUAGCUUAUGGGAUUGGCUUAGUUAGUCGGUUUAUGAGCAAACCUGGUAGUAUACAUUGGGAAGCUGUGAAGUGGUUGCUUAGGUACAUCAAAGGUUCAUUAGAUGUUGAGCUGCUCUACACUAAAGAUAAGAAUCUGGAUAUACAAGGCUAUUGUGAUUCAGAUUAUGCUGCUGAUUUGGAUAAGAGAAGGUCUAUCUCUGGAUAUGUUUUCACGGUUGGAGGUAAUGUUGUGAGCUGGAAGUCAAAUUUACAGCGUGUGGCGGCUUUGUCAACGACUGAAGCCGAGUAUAUCGCAUUGACGGAAGCUGUGAAAGAAGGAAUAUGGCUUAGGGGGUUACUUCAAGACUUCGGGUUCAAGCAAGAAGCAGUGAAAGUCUGGUGUGACUCGCAGAGUGCGAUUUGUCUUUCAAAGAAUAAUCUGUUUCACGAACGCACAAAGCACAUUGCUGUGAAAUACUACUUCAUCCGUGACAUGAUCGAUGAUGGUGAAGUUGAAGUAUUGAAGAUACACACAAGUCGGAACCCUGCUGACAUUUUGACAAAGGUGGUUCCGGUGGGUGGUGUAGAUCCAGAAGGAGAUAUUCACGGUAGAGAUACAAAGAUGGAAGAUUAA